CUCAUCCUCUCCUCUGGUCGUGGUCUUAUGCCAGAGCUUCUUGUUCUUGAACCUUUUCGGCUUUUCUUGGUUCUUGAGACUUGGUGCGAUCUCGACCGGGCUUUCAGUUUCGUCGGGGAACGGAACCGCUAUAGCCCCCGAGAUCGCGAGCAUAGGUGAAGCUUGGCGAACUGCCAUAUCCUCCAAGAUCUCGUCGAGCUGUGGCCGGCACAACUCCAAUGGAUUGCAGCAGCGCGCUCUCCACCAAACCCGUCCCUCCCGCUCCUCCAAACCCCUUCUCCGCGAACCUCCCGGAAUCCCCGACUCCGCAGCGCAAGAUUUGGAUCAAGCCGACGGCUCCGGCUUCCAAGAAGCAGCAGCAGCAGCGGAGGAAGAAAGGGUCUGGGUGGGACGAGAAGAGGGUGGUGGGUUUCGUGGAUUACGACGAGGGCGAGCGCCGCGUGUCUACCGAGAUCAGCGGGGCCCGCAAGGAUGAGAUCCCUGCGAGGUACCGCCUCCGCGUCGACGGCAGCCGCUGGCAGAAGGACUGGAAGCUCUCCGAGGUCGUCGACCAGGUGAUGAGGCUGCGCCACUGGGAGGACAUCGAUGGCGUCCUCAACCGCUGGGCCGGUCGCUUCGCUCGGAAAAACUUCCCUCUCCUCAUUCGGGAAAUAACAAGUACUGGUUCCCUUGAUCAUGCUGUACAUGUGUUCCGGUGGAUGAAAAAUCAGAGACACUACUCUCCUCGGAGUGACAUCUACAAUAUGCUCAUUAGUCUGCAUGCCAAACAUAAUCAAACUGAUCAAGCACGCGGUUUAUUUUUUGAGAUGCAACAGUGGAGGUGCAAACCUGAUAUUGAAACCUAUAAUUCUCUCAUUAAUGCACAUGGUCGAGUUGGUCAGUGGCGUUGGGCUGUGAAUAUUAUGGAAGAUAUGCUUCAAGCUGCUAUACCUCCUAGCCGAACUACAUACAAUAAUUUGAUUAGUGCUUGUGGAUCUGGUGGCCACUGGAAAGAGGCUCUUGAAAUUUGCAAGAAAAUGACAGAAAAUGGUGUGGGGCCUGAUUUGGUGACUCAUAACAUUAUUUUAUCAGCUUUCAAAAGAGGAGCUCAAUAUUCAAAAGCUCUGGCUUACUUUGAUCUGAUGAAAGAAACAAAUAUUUGCCCUGACACUAUCACUUUUAAUAUAGUUAUACAUUGCCUUGUUAAGCUUGGACAAUUUGGAAAAGCAGUGGAUGUUUUUAACUCAAUGCGAGAGAGAGGUGCAAAGUGUCAGCCUGAUAUAGUUACUUUUACCUGCAUCAUUCAUGCAUAUUCAACUUGUGGACAAAUUGAGAAUUGCAAGGUGGCAUUUGAUAUGAUUCUUGCCGAAGGACUGAAACCUAAUAUUGUUGCUUAUAAUGCACUAAUUGGUGCCUAUGCUUCUAAUGGAAUGCAUACAGAGGCAUUGGCCACUUUUAAUUUACUUAAACAUGCAGGAUUGAGACCUGAUGUUGUAUCAUACACUUCCUUACUUAAUGCUUAUGGACGAUCAGGACAGCCCGAAAAGGCUAAAGGAGUCUUUGACAUGAUUAAACAGAAUUCGUUGAGGCCAAAUAUUGUUAGUUACAACGCAUUAAUUGACGCAUAUGGAUCUUCAGGUUUGUUGGCUGAAGCCAUAGGAGUGUUGCAUGCCAUGGAAGAAGAUGGUGUUCAAGCAGAUAUUGUCUCAAUAAGCACACUUUUGGCAGCUUGUGGCCGAUGUAGUCAAAUUGUAAACAUUGACUCUAUACUAUCAGCGGCUAGAUCACGACGGAUUAAGUUAAACACAGUUGCAUACAACUCGGCAAUUGGGAGCUAUAUGAGUGUGGAGGAAUAUGAUAAAGCUGUAUCUUUAUACAGGUCAAUGAGAGAAGAUAAUAUAAAACCUGAUUCCAUUACUUUCAAUAUACUAAUUAGUGGUUCUUGUAAGGUGAAAAAAUAUGCAGAGUCCUUACAGUUUUUGGAUGAGAUGAUGGACCUAAAUAUUCCAUUUUCCAAGGAGGUUUACUCAUCUCUGAUCCACUCAUACAGCAAACAGGGCCAGCUAACAGAGGCUGAAUCUAUUUUCAAUAUGAUGAAGGGGACUGAUUGCUCACCUGAUGUUAUAACAUACACUUCCAUGAUUCAUGCAUAUUCUAUAGCAGGGAACUGGAUGAAAGCCUGGGAGCUGUUUGAAGACAUGGAAAGAAAUAACAUUCAGCCAGAUCCUGUUCUAUGUUCAUCAUUAAUAGAAGCCCUGAACAUUGGAUGCCAACCUGAGAAGGUUCUUUGGUUGGCAGAAUUGAUGAAAGAGAAGUAUAUCCCAUUAAACUCAAGUGCUUCUUUUGGGGUCAUAUAUGCUUGCAGCAUGGUAAGAGACUGGAGGGCAGCAAGCAAAACAAUUGAAUGUAUGGAGACAUCAUUCUCAUCAAUUUCACUUGGUCUCUUAAAUCAGAUUCUGCAUUUCCUUGGAAAGAGUGGAAAGACUGAGACCAUGAUGAAGGUUUAUUACAAGAUAUUAUCCUCACAUUCAAACGUCAGCUUGGUAACACACACAAUUUUGUUGAAGAAUCUUUUAGCAUCUGGAAGAUGGAGGAUGUGUAUUGAGGUUUUGCAGUGGAUGGAAGAUGCAGGAAUUCAACCAACACUAAACAUGUAUCGCAGUGUUCUUUCAUAUGCUAGGAAGGACAACAGCGUGGAACAUGCUAAUCUCAUCCAAGAAAGAAUAAGUAACUUAAGAGGCAAGAUCGACUAAGGCUUAACUAAGCUGUGAAAAUCGAUGCCCUUUAAUGGAAGGAGCAAGUGGAACCCAGUAGUCAUAAGAAUGCCUACUAAUUUCCAGAAGUCGUACAUUCAUGUGAAAGGAAUGAAUGAUCUAAUGUCGGCACUUUAAUAAUACUCUAGCUGAUCACUCAACUUUGGCUCUGGGAGCCCUAGGGUUUCUUUGUCUGCAGCUGUUCGUCUUGGUAGGAAAAGGAAGAAGAGUAAAAGAGAAGAGGAAGAGGAGAUUAUAUGGGACGAGAUCACCAUCUGUCAUGUUGAUAAUCUUACUUUGGCAUUGUCAAAGUAAACAAAUAUCACCAGGCUCUUGGUGGAAAUAUAUCCAUAAGAUGUUGAUUUCAGCUACCCUGGAACAAGGUAGCUAAUCAUCAAUUUGGUGCAAUCCCCACCAGAUGAACCAGUGAUCAAGUCAUGAAGGAAAUCUUUAUAUAAGUCAGCGGAGUUGCUGAAUACACUGUGGCAAAAGAUGAGAAAUUGGAAAGGUAGCAAUCCUGACACUGUAUAAUGGCAUUUCAAAUAUGAUACCAGACACAAAGAUGAGCAUAAUCAUAAGCUAACUCUUAUAUUGUUUUAUUUUAGCGACAAACAAACAAGCCUUUUUUGCUGUUAUUAUUUCUUUAGAUGCAUAAUGGACAUUUAUGGAGCUGUGAGAGUACAAUUCGUGACAUCUCAACCUGCCCCACAGGCAUGGAAGGUUAGUAAUUUUUAUGAAUAUCCACAA